AUGGAAAGUUUGAACAAAGUUACAAAGAAGCUGCGGAUGAAUUUCGAUUACGAUGUCGCAAACAAUAUAAAUAAGGCUCUAUCUGGCACCGUCGAGGCGCUCACCCCUCCCAACAUAAAGGGUGCCAUGAAGGAUCUGACCGACGUAGUCUCCAAAUAUUUGGCUCAGAAUGCGGAAUACAAUAAGGAUAAGACACCGGCAUUUAAGUACCUGGUGGAUAAAAUGAAAGGACAACCCAACGAGCUGCUGUACUCGAAGGGACCUGUCCGCAAGAUGAUGGGCGAGGCUGCCAGAGAUCUAGAAGUAGCGAAGGGUCUCACUAGCGACCAUGAUGAUCCGAACCUGUCGCAAGCGAUCUACGCUGCUUUGUCAAAACUGGUGACCGACACGCCUGACGAUAUGAAGAGUGAUAUGGCAGACACCUUGGACCUGACUUCCAAGUAUCUAUCGCAAGCGGCUACUGAUGAGGCUGAAAGAGGACCCGCCUUCGAACACAUGAUUAAGGAAUUAAAGAAGAAAGGAGGUCAACCUUUCACGCCCGAAAUCCCAGAACUCGCUACAGAUUUUAACGCCGCCCAUGCGUUGAAAAAUGCCCCAGGUCUCAAAUCCAUAGCACCAGAUCCAGAACAUGUAGGUAUGUUUAAAGAGGCGUUGGAAAGAGAAGUGAUUCCUGGCACGCCAGAUGCUAUGAAGCCAGAAAUGAAGGAGGCUAUCCAAAGAGGCGCUGAUUACUUGUCUGGUUUCGCACGUGACAGAGGGAAGGCAAAAGAAAUAUUGGUCAAAAUGCUGAAGGAUAAACCAACUAAGGAAGCGGCAAAGAGAAACGAUACUACUAUGUCUUAUGGCGCUGCAGCAACUGAGGUUGAAACGUCUCCCAUGCUUACACCGAUCCUCCCCGUGAAGAACAUUGGAGAUGAAGUCAAUGGCAAACUGGAUAAGGAUGUUGGAGCGGUUACGGCCCGUGAACUGAAAGCCCCCAUGAAAACUUUGGUAAAGGACGCAGCAGGGGAAAUAUCACAGAAUGUUGCGUUAAAAAGUGGAGCCGCUGGAGAACGCUAUCCCCGGGAACUGCUGACGGCUGUGACCGAGUCCGUGGGCGACAAGCCGAUGUUCAAAACCGGCCCUUUUGGCAUGACUUUCGCUGAAGCUGCUGAUACAUUAAAGCAUGCGGGACCUCUGGAGCAUGACCCGCAGAACGAUGCGUUAGCCGGCACCAUCGCAGGCGAGAUGGACAAAGGCGUAGCGACCAGGGUCACUCCUGACACACACAAGGCUCUUGCUCCGACUAUUAAAGCUGCCGCUAACCAUCUGGCUAAAGUUGGAAAAGAAGCCGGAGCAGCAUUGGACCACUUGAUCGGCCUUAUGAAAGGCAAAGGCGAUGAGCCCUUAGCCAAAGUUCAAGGACGAGAACUGACGUACAAAGAUGCCGCUAGAAAAGUGGAAAUCGCUCCUAGCCUCGCAAAGGAGAAGGUUGAUAAAGGGAUUUACGAGAACAUUCGAUCUAAGUUGAAGACGCUAUCAGAGGAGCAUAAAGCGCCUGAACACGAGAAGACGAUGCCAGAGGUCGUGGACCAAGUCUCCAAGUUUCUAGCAACGCCAGCAGCUGAAAGCGAAUCGGAGCACCGAGAAGCCCUAGCCGACAUCUUAGCUGCUAAAGCCUCUGUGAUUUUGGACAAAGAAGGUUUAUACAAGAUAACCCACGGCGAAGCUGCUGAUGUGGUGAGAAACGCUGAUCCAGGCGCGCACUCAGCAGAAGACGAAAAAAAGAAGAAAGACAUAUUGGCCAAACUACAUGCAGCGGUUGGUGAAGAGGGUGCUCAAGGAGGCAUGAAAGAUGAAAUGGGGCAUGUUGCGGCUCACAUGGCAAAUGUAGUACAGGGAAGAAGUGAUGCAAUUCAAGCCAUCCACGAUACAAUGCAGAAAAAAGGCGAUGAUCCACUAACAAACUUCGGGUCUGCUAAAACGACGCACGCGGGAGGAGCGCAAAUGUUGGCUGAUGCUCCGACGUUCACUCCCACAGGCGCCCCGCCGGGCAUGGCUGAAACUCUAGAAAAGAAAAUUGGAAACCUUUCAGCUCAACCCGGAACUGCACUCGGACAAAAGCAUAUGAAAUCCACGACUCAAUUGGCCUCUCAAUUUCUCGCUGGAGAAACCGCCAAACAGGGAGGUUACAUACCGCCUGAAGGCGAAGGUGUGCCCGGAGCAGGCGGCGCAUACGGAGGAUCAGGAGGUGGUCCUGGUGGAGUAGGAGGAGGUCCUGGAGGAGCUGGAGGUGGGCCUGGUGGAGUUGGAGGUGGUCCUGGAGGAGCUGGAGGUGGACCUGGUGGAGUAGGAGGUGGUCCUGGUGGAGUUGGAGGUGGUCCUGGUGGAGUUGGAGGUGGUCCUGGUGGAGUUGGAGGUGGUCCUGGUGGAGUUGGAGGUGGUGCUGGUGGAGUUGGAGGUGGUGCUGGUGGAGUAGGAGGUGGUCCCGGUGGAGUUGGAGGCGGACCGGGUGGAGUAGGAGGGGGAGCCGGUGGAGUUGGAGGUGGUCCUGGUGGAGUAGGAGGCGGACCGGGAGGUGUUGGGGGUGGCCCUGGAGGAGCCGGGGGUGGCCCUGGAGGUGGCCCGGGCGGAUGGGGCCCGGGAGGCGCUGAGGGAGGUGGUCCUGGUGGCGGUCCAGGUGGAUGGGGUCCAGGGGGUGGCCCCGGAGGUGGUCCAGGAGGUGGCCCUGGAGGCGGCCCUGGUAGCGGCGCGGGAGGAUGGGGCCCGGGUGGUGGUCCUGGAGGCGCCGAGGGAGGUGGCCCAGGUGGAUGGGGUCCAGGGGGUGGCCCCGGCGGUGGUCCGGGAGGUGGACAAGGAGGUGGUCCUGGAGGAUGGGGUCCGGGUGGUGGUCCCGGGGGCGGUCCUGGAGGCGGCGCUGGUGGAUGGGGUCCUGGAGGUGGCCCUGGCGGUGGACCUGGAGGUGGCCCUGGUGGAUACGGUCCAGGGGGAGGCCCGGGUGGUGGUCCUGGGAGCGGUCCGGGUGGCGCCGGCUGGGGUCCCGGAGGUCCUGGUACGGGGCCUGGUGGUGCCGGCUGGGGUCCCGGAGGUCCUGGUACGGGGCCUGGUGGUGCCGGCUGGGGUCCUGGAGGUCCUGGUACGGGGCCUGGUGGUGCCGGCUGGGGUCCUGGAGGUCCUGGUACGGGGCCUGGUGGCGCUGGCUGGGGUCCCGGAGGUCCUGGUACGGGGCCUGGUGGCGCCGGCUGGGGACCGGAUGGUGCUGGCGGGCCGGAAACAGAAGAACAGCGCCGCAAAAGACUGAAAGAAGCAAGAGGCCGGGGAGCCGAAUCCGCGCAACAUGACGAUGCAUCGAAGCUCCUGCAAGCACAACUGAAAGCGAAAGGUGGAGAAGUAUUCUACAAACAACCGCCAACUGAGUUGACUCAUGGACAAGCAGCUGAUGUACUGGGCACAGGCCAGGCUCAAGUGGAUAAGUCUGUGAGGGAGGCUGGUGACACCGCCAGACUCGCGAAGAAGUUCGAAAAGAAAUUGGACAACCUCGUAGUCAGCAAGAUACCGCCACAUUUGCAGGAUGCUAUGUCAGAUGUGAUUAUCGAAUCUGCAAGAGACCUCUCCGAAUACUUCGUAUCUAAAAAUUUCAAGAAUCUGGUGAAAGACGGACUUAUAGCUGAAAUGCAAAACCGCGGUAACGAAAUACUCAUAGACUCGAACGGUGCCACCGAGUCUUACUUCUACGCUGCGCAGAGGUUGAAGGACAAGGAAUUAGAGAACAAAGAACCCCGGAAUCGAACAGCAUUUUACCUGGCGAAGAAGCUGGAUGAGUGCGCCAAAUGUCGCGCCAUGCCUAGAAAGCUGAUGGGAUCUAUGAAAGAACACGUGAAAAAUGCAGCGGAACAUUUGUCUGGUGAAGUCACUAAUCCGGAUCCACAGAUCGAAGCCUUAGUGGUGCUACUGGACGAGAUGGAGGCAGCAGGGGACACCCCGCUGAUCGAAGGCAAUAUCCCUAAGUCGCAUAAAGAUGCCGCUGCUUACCUAAAGCAGCUGACGACAAAGGUGGAUGAGAUCAACCGUCCCAACUCAUCGCUGCAGUCGCAGGUGGAAGGCAAACUGAAGUCGCUGAUGGCCAACGCCCCGCCCGGCGGUUACACGAGCAGUGACAUGAACAAGGUGAUCAACGAACAAACAAAACUGCUGGUAUCCUACGUAACACUUCAAGAGGACAAAACUAAACAACUCAAAGUCCUUGUUGAGAAGAUGGAGGCGCAAGGAGACAAGACGAUACUGCGUCACGGACAUAUACAGAAGUCGUUCUUCGACGCGGCAGACUUGUUGCAUGACAAGAACACUGAUCAACUGAGCGAGGCUCAGAACGGAGACCCUGUGGCGGUCAGGAAGAUUCAACUGAAGCUGGCUAACCUAGUCGCAGGCCACAUACCGGAGGCGGAUAAGGAAACAAUGAUUGCUGUCGUCCAAGAUGCUACUAACUACCUGGCUGUGCAUUUAUUGCAACCACAAAUCAUAAAGGUGUGCAAGUGCAUGAAGAGCGUGUUCGUGCAGUGCGAGCUGUGGUGCGAGGAGAUAUUGAGGCGUGUGGCGCGGCCGUGCUGCACGUGCUCGCGUCACGUGUCAUCCCAGGUGCUGCAGGAGCUAGCGCCCACGCGGCGGCUGCGGCUCAGCCCCGGCCAGUCGCACGCCUUCUGCCCCGGGCUCGACAUCGCCGUGACACAGUGCCCUUCUACCGCGCCAGAACGUCACGCUAGUUCCCGCCCGUGCCCGGCGACGCAACAAGGGAAAUGCCCGGCGCUGAUACCCCCUAACAAUCCCGACACGUACUUCAUGUACACGAGCACGCGGUUCAACACCACGCCCACCGCGCACCAACCGAACUCCACUUGCCCGGCCACGCCAAUGACUCAACCAUCAACUAAUCGCCGAAGCCCCGCCCGGCGCGCAAACACAGCGGAUUGUUUAAGUCCGCCACGUCUUCUGACUCCACACAUCAGUCCCACGCGCGGUACUAGUCCCACAGCUUCGUUGGACCCUACACUUAGUUCGAGUUUGGCUACUCACUUUUUCUCUACGCGUGGUUUCAGUAGUCAAUUAAAUUCUACAUCUCACUCGGGAAAUUUAAGGUCCAUCGACCCCAAGAAUCGCUCGGGGCCAUCUUCGAGUCCUAGCAACAUUAAACCCGCACGUACUCCGAGCCCUGGCCGUUUAAGUCCCAUUCGUUCGACGAGUCCUACAACAGUUCGUAUGAGCCCGCAUCGGCCUUCAAGUCCUUCUGAUCGUUUGAGUACCUUACGUUCCUCAAGCCCAUCGUUCAACAUGCGGCCUUCAAUUCCUAACAUUCGCAUUAGUCCUCUAAGACCUUCAAGUCCUGUAGAUCGGUUAAGUCCCAAACGUACUUCAAGUCCUACAUUUCGUAUACACCCUUCGACCCCUAGUGGUGGGAGUCCCACGCGCCCCUCAAGCCCAGUGUGUCCCGCAACUCCUAUGCGUCCCGUAGGUCCUGGUCGCCUAAGUCCCAGACAUUCUUCGAGCCCUCCGUCCAAUUCCCCUAAAAGCUUGAGCCCUAAAGGUUUUUCGAGUCCAACGCGUCGCACAGAAUCAAAACCUCCUUCUACUACGCGUCGUUCAAGCUCGACAUACCGCAUGAGUCCGUCACGUCCUCGAGAUGCGCUUAGUCGUUUGAGCCCCACACGUCGCUCUAGCCGAACACUUUGGUGCAGUCCUACAAGACCUUCAGAAGCUUCUGGUCGCUUGACUUCUGUGAGGCGCGCGGCUCCCGGCGGGCGACUAUACACCACGAGAAAUAAUACAUCAAAAAAAUCAUGUCCUCCUGCGACCCAAUCUUACUUCGCCCCUCGACGAUCCUUGUUGCAUUCUUCAAGUACGUUACACCGCAGCUUAGAGGCGACCACAUCUAAGCUCGCAUCAAGUUCGGCUUCUGAUUCAUACCAUACACCAACGUCGACCAGUGAAACAAAAAGGUCACCGUAUUUUCAAACUCCGACCACAAUGGCCAUGUACGCAACAACCCGUGAAACAACUGACCAGCCCUCAAUGGACACCAGGCAAGAACGGUUGGGAAUGGAUGAUGGACAAAGAUCGCCAGUAGUGACAACGGACCAGAUGUCGGACAUGCACGCCAUGGUGGUUAGUCUGAUGUGGAACGUGCAGGCGUGGCGCGACUGGCUGCAGGAGAAUCUUGACCGCGCGCUUACCUCGCAGCACUGGGAAGAUAUGAGCGAAGGUGAGGCCCUGAAGGAGUGGUUCGACUUCCAAAGGAGAGUAACAACAGAAGCCUUGCAGUGGCGACAGUACAAUAUAUUCAGUAGACAGCUCACUCUACGGCUCGCACUCAGAUACAGGGACAAGAAGAUAGUGUCACCGACGCGCGCGACAGUGAAAACAAGGGUUUAUGCAGAAUGCCAGCGAGAAAUGCUCGAAAUAAUUGAUAUGUUCAGCAAAUGGACGCACUGGUUGAUGGUCGUCCUCAAGGAGACAGAACUUUUGCGAUUGGAUUCUACAACCAGCGUCCCUCUGCAUAAACGCUGUUGGGAACACUUUAAGAAGAAAGUGGAAGCCAACUUGCAUGACUGGAUCAAGUAUAAUACGCACUUGAAAAGUUUCUGGGAAUACAAGUAUAGAUCUAUUAUUUCAGAGUGGGUGCCGUCGGGAGAGCCGUCAGGGCCGGUGUGGGUAGUGAGCGCGUGCGGCGCAGUGCCGAGUGGCGCGGUAGCUGCCGGCGUCUAUGACGGAGAACUAGUCUGGCUGGCUCGUACUACACACAAGUCUGAAGUACUGCCCGCUGCAUUGGUGCCAUCAAAGCACUGUUGCCUCAUCUACGCAGAAGGAGCAGUACAUCAUUACACCAAGUACCAGGUGAUGUGCAACGCGGAGGUGUCGUGGGUGACGUGGCGCGCCGACAGCGAGAUGGGCGCGCGCGCCGUGUGCGUGGCGCCGGGCGUGCACGUGGGCCGCGUGCUGUACCGCGCCUCGCACCUCGUGGGCGCCGUCCUCGCGCCGCGCAACCGCUGCCACGUCGUCAUCUACGGACGCUCAUUCGCUUUUAACUGCUAUGAGCUCCUCGUCUCCACCGGCCCCGACGAACCCUAAACACGGACCCCAUAUUCGAUACGUUGGGAAAAAUUUUAGUAGAGACGAUCGAAAAAUGGUCGAUGACUAAUUCGAAAUUUUGACGUCGUAUAUUCUGAUACAAUAUUUACGAAUUGGAAACUAAUUAUUAUUGAGACUUCCGAAUGUUAGAAGAGAACGUUGAAUGAGAUGACAAAAUUGCCAGUGCCGACUUCGCUUUAGAAGCAAAAAAUUAAACGGUUGUGAAACUUGGUGAAUCGUUUAGAAGUGAAUUCGAAAAAUUUGCUAGUUUUGUCCUGUACAGUAAAAAGAAGUUUGUAUUGUGAAAUGUUUUGUAGUGUUUUUGUACAUUAUUUUUGUUUAUUUAUAUAUACAUAAUAUACAUGUACACUGUU